UUCGCAGUAAAGACGCUUAUUUACUUGUACAAUUAUUAUUCGAUAGUCGUCCGUUAUUAGACGAUUUAAUCUUCGGUUUGAGCUAUAAUUUUUAUACACUUUUCGGGCUCUUCUUCCGGUCACCUUCGCUUUCCUGGUUUGCUGUUCGUUUUUGGAUUAUUGCUCCCUGAACUGACAAAAAUGCUGUGCCGACUCGGCGUUGUGUCGUUACUUUUAUCCGGCGCCUUAGCCAUCUCCUCCUCUUCCCUCGGCUCGACGGGUUUCGACUAUUAUCCGAGCAUGUACGGCGGCAGCGGCUUCAGCGGCGGCGGUCUGGGUCCGUACUCCUCCCUCUACGGCGGCAGCGGCGUGGGCAAUUACGGCAACGGUCUGUUGGGCGGCUUCGGGUCUAACCUGGGCGGGAUGUACGGGAGCGGCGGCAGCGCCCUGGGCGGUUACGGGGGACUGUACGGGUCCAGCGCCAACAUGUACGGCAACAUGUACGGCGGCAUGGGCGACGGCUUCGGCUCCACCUACGGCGGACUGGGCAGCGGCUACGGCGGGGCCUUCGGGGGGCUCGGCGGCAUGGGCGGCGGAUACGGGGGCCUAGGGGGAUUGGGCGGGAUGGGAGGAAUGGGCGGAUACGGCGGAAUGGGUGGAUUAGGCGGAAUGGGAGGGAUGGGCGGGUUGGGGGGCAUGGGCGGCAUGGGCUCAUACGGCGGGAUGGGCGGAUUCGGCAGCUUCGGUCGACGAUAAAAGACCCCAUUUUUUGGGGAAUUUUCCGCAUUUUUUCCUGAUUUUUCCGAAUUUUUGGCAAUUUUUUCUGUAUUUUUUGGGGAAGUUUUUUGGAUUUUUCGGGGAAUUUUUCUGGAUUUUUCGUGGAAGUUUCGGGACUUUUUUCCAGUUUUUUGGCAGUUUUUCUGAUUUUUCGGGCUUGUGUUCUUGCCUGGUGCAAACGCGGCCAACAUGAAACCAAAAAAAGGCGAUUUGCUGCACGAGUCGCUAUGCUAACCGCCCAAGACGUGGAAAUAAAAUGUAAU